GAGUCACGUGACCUCCGUCAGCGGAAGUAGCGCGUUCAACUUCGUUAUUCGUGAUGUUGCGCCUCCCUAGUUGUUAAUUAACUGUCCGACCCGGACGUCUCGCCGAGCAGUGGGAGCAGAGAGACGGGUGAAAGCAGGAGUAGCACCCGGCAGGUCGACGUUAACAGAGAGAGUGUCUGCUGCCAAAAUGUUGUCUGAAGGAGGUUAUUUCAUGAAGGGGAUGGCCAUGGGAGGCCUCUUCUGCUUGUUUCUGUCACUGCUGGGUAGCUUCAGGUUGAGCACGGAGUCCGAGACAGACGGCAAUAAUCAUCAUCAUCAUCAUGUCAAGGCCCAGAGUAAAGAUGAGCUGACCCGCCUCUCUGACGGCCACAUGCAGGAGUUUAGCAAUCAAGUCCAGGUCUCUUGCAUCAUCAUGGUCCAGCCCAAGAUCCUUGUUUACUGGGCCACUGCGGUGGACACCUGGAGCAAACACUGUGACAAAGCUGUGUUUUACACUUCCGAGUCCUCCAAAGCGCUCGAGGCGGUUGACCUGAAUGAAAACGACGACUGGGCGAGGCUACGUAAAGCUCUGAAGCAUGCUUAUGAGAACGCAGGAGACCUGCGCUGGUUCUUUGUAGCACAAGCGACAACGUUUGCCAUCAUCGAGAACCUCAAAUACCUGGUGCUUGCGAAGGAUCCCAGCGAGCCCUUCUACCUCGGCAACGCGAUGAAGUCAGGGGAGCUUGAAUACGUGGCGUACGACAGUGGCAUUGUUUUAAGUUACGAAGCGCUCAAAAGGCUUGUGCAUGUGUUCCAGGAUGAAGACAAAUGUCCAGAAAGAGGACGAGCCCUGUGGAAGCUGAGUGAGGACAAGCAGCUGGCCGUGUGUCUCAAAUAUACAGGUGUCUUCGCAGAGAACGGAGAAGACGCACACGGAAAGGGCCUGUUCAACAGCAAGAGUGUGGACAGCCUGAUAACGGACAGCAUGAAGGCCAACCCCAGUAAUGUGGUGGAGGACUGCUGCUCUGACAUGGCCGUCACAUUCAACGGGAUGUCGCCCAAUCAAAUGCAGGUCAUGAUGUUUGGAGUUUACAGACUUCGUCCUUACGGCCACGAUUUUCAUGACUCAAUAGUAUUCAACCCUCCAGAUGGUUCAGAUAAUGACUAGAGACUCAACGCUUCGAGGUUGAUGUGGCAUUUUAUAUGUUUUGCUUCUAUGAUGGCAAAACCUAACUGUGCGGCGGUGGUUUUUCUAAUUGUUUUUAAAACUGGAUCCUAGAUGGGAAUAACACUUUUAUGUAUGUUUGUAUCUUUUUGCACUUCGCCCAAUCAGCACCCCGUUCCUUUGUGGUGAAGGUAAAGAGAGUCGAGGGGUGUGCCGUCCGUUUAAAUGAAGACAGAGCGUGGACAUAUAGCAAACGUGUGACAUGAGCCUAGAUUAUCUGGAAGUAUUAGGUAUCGUUAUGUAUUUUAAAAGUUUGUCUUUUUGUGGUCUUAAAGCUGCAUUACAUUUAUAAGGUGAUGGCUAUUCUGAAAAUUGUUUCUUUUUAAUUAUUUAACUGUUCAGUGCUUCGACAUCCUAACCACAUUACGAGUAACUUCUUUUUUAUCUCUGAGAAUAGAUCACCCAGCUGAUUUAAAGACUGUAUGGAAGCACCUAUAUUCAAUGUGGUGGCCCAAACCAGCUUUAAAUGAAGUGCAUUGCGUGCCCUGUUGUACUUGGUUUCCUCCACUUAUGAAGAAUUGGACUUCACAGCUACAUGGAAAAUAAUAAUCCUCAGUGUUGACUCGUCCAUUAGAAGAGACACAAAGUCUGGGUGUCGGCCUGACAAGAUGAUUCCUUUUUAAAAAUAUAUAAUUUUUUUUUUGCAUUUCUGAUUUGAUCCAACAUAGACUGUUAAAGUUAUAGAGAAAUUUCAAAAAUUAUACAAGAGUGGUAGCUUCCAGGUGUUAAUGAUUUACACCUUGUCAAGCAGACAAUGAUUUUUGGUAAAGGGAAAUAUUUUUACAGUGUAAGGAUUGCUUUGUUAAACUGAACUAAUUUGAUAUAGAACUGUGAAUGUAUUAUAUUGCAGGCCUCUGUUUUACAUAUAAUGUAUAUUCAUAUUUUGCUGGUCAAGUGAGAAAUAAAAGUAUUGCAGUUAUCAUUGAUA